AUGAUCAUUUGGCAUAUUUCCUUAAGAAAUUUAAGGGUGUUGGGAUCCAUCGAGCCAAGAACCUCGAUGCAUAUUGGCAAGAAUUCCAUCGAGGGGAAGGCGUUCCCAUAUUUUUUCAUUUUCUCGUCCGCUGCCCUGGCCGCGGCCAAACCGCAUUCUUUACUUGUCAGGUUUACGUAUCGUUCGGCGAGGGUGCCAGGGACCGUAACAUCCCACACCAAACAUCUGCCGGCUCUCCAAGGUAUUAGCGUGCAUCUGUCCGGGCGCCUACCAUCAUGCGCAGAAAUGCCGGAUGGUUCCUUGAGAACCGGGAUUGAAGCCUUGGAGAAGAGCCGACAAAUGGCGGUGCGCAGGGCUCCGUCAAAUUUGCCCAAUUUAGAAGGGUCAAUGUGUUUAGAUGUACGCAGGAAGUACAUCAAUUUGGGCAAACUGAGGGCAUUGCGGAUAAUAGUCAAGGCAUCAUGGGCCGAAAGACAGGAAACACGACCCAGGAUUUUGGGAAACAUUUCCAAUGAUUACCAUAUUAUCAGAUCUGAUUAUUUCACACAGUGGCGGGGGUACAGGUUUGAACUGGACAGGGCGCGUAGCAGAGGGGGUAAGGUUCAAACCUGGACAGGGCGUAACAGGUUCAAACUGGAGUUUUGCUUGGGGCACCAUUAA